AUGUUCAAGCAAUGCGUUAAUCAUCUACUUGAUGCAGAUGCUGAUCCAAAUGUUAGAGACAAAUUUGGUUCUACUCCAAUUCAUACAGCUGCUAAAAAUAAUGAUACUAUUAUUGGUGGAUCCUUAAGUGAUGGAGGAGCUCGUCUAGAUCUCAAAGACAGCGAUAAUAUGACACCGGCACAUUUCGCUGCAGAACGAGGUCACAAAGACUUUAUCGAAUUUCUAGUGGAGAGAGAGGCUAAUCUAGACAACGUUACUAAUGCAGGGAGCACACCCAUCAUGCUGGCUGCCAAGAAUGGCCAUGCAGAUAUUGUUAAAAUUUUAUUAGAUAAUAACGUAUACACAGAGUUUAAUGAUACCGAAGGUAAAAGUGCAUAUGAUUACGCAGUAGAAAACGGCCAAGAAAGGUUAGUGUUCAUAAGACGAAAACUGCAUUCUGUUAUGGAAAUUCGUGUAUAG